GUGAUGUGAAAGAUGUAUGGGCAGCGCCGCAUCUUCCUGCUCACCUAUAUGGUGGCUGUUGCCAUCCCCGUUUCUUUGGCUUUCAACAUUGAUGUUACAAAUCCUGAUGUCUAUACUGGUGAACAGAAAGAUUUCUUUGGAUACAAAGUGCUUCAGUACAAUAAUAGCAAGAGCAAAGGGAUAAUUGUCACUGCACCUCUGCAGCUAAAUGGAUCUGGCGCAAUAUGCAAACCCAACCAUGAACAAACCAACAAGUGCUUCAACCCUGAAGAAAUUCAUCUCAAAAACCAAAUAGCACCAGUCAAGCACCUUGGACUGUCGAUAGCAAUGGACUACACAGGCUCCGAAUUCACUGUUUGCAGUCCAAGUGUAGCUCAUGAAUGUGAUGGGAACACCUAUCUGAACAGUAUGUGCUACAAGAUCACAGAUGAACUUAAGAAUAUCUCCUCUUUCAAAUCUGGUUUCCAAGAAUGCACAAAAAAAAUAGUGGACCUUGUGUUUUUAUUUGAUGGAUCUCAGAGUAUGACCACUCUUGAAUUUAACAAAAAUAAAGAGUUCAUAGUGGAUAUAAUGAAAAGUCUUAAGAACUCAUCAAUCAAGUUUGCAGCAGUUCAGUUCAGCCAAAUUACCAACAAAGUUUUUGACUUCAAUGACUAUGAAGCUGGUAACGCUCUCAAAAAACUUGAUCGGGAAGGUCAUAUGAAGAGUCUCACCAACACACACAAAGCCCUCAAAUUUGUGUUGGAAGACAUCCUUGAAAACUCAAGUGCAGGCGCCUCUUCUGAUGCAACCAAAGUUCUGGUACUAAUCACAGAUGGAGAUCCCAGUGAUAGUGACAAAGACAACCUUAUCAAAACCUAUGAUGAAAAAAGCAUCAUUCGAUUUGUCAUUGGGGUCAAAGAUGUAAAACUGGAUAAAAUUAAGACCUUUGCUUCAGACCCAAAAGAAAAAAAUGCCUUCAAAAUAGAGAACUAUGACGGACUCAAGGGAAUAUUGGAACACUUUCAAAAAAAGAUCUUUCAAAUGGAAGGCUCCAAAGUGUCUCGGGCAGGAAAGAUGACUGAAGAAAUGUCCCAGAGUGGAUUCAGUGCUGUCUUCUACAAAGAUACUUUGAUUCUGGGUGCAGUGGGAUCAAACAGCUGGAGGGGUUCUCUACAGGAAUAUCAUGGACAAACUAUUACAGAUCAAGACAUGCAGAUGGACUCCUACAUGGGAUAUUCUGUUUCUGUUGGAGAGAAGAACAACGCUGCUCUAUAUUUCACGGGUGCACCAAGAUAUGAGCACAAAGGACAGGUCGUAAUUUUCAAACACAAUGAUCCAAUCCAAAGAAUAAAUGGGAGCCAGAUUGGUUCCUACUUUGGUGCAGAGCUGUGCUCAGUAGAUAUCAACUCAGACGGUAACACUGAUUUCCUGCUGGUGGGAGCUCCACUGUUCUACAACCCUCAGGAGAAGACAGAAGGACAGAUUUACAUCUACGCACUGACGAAUGAGAUGCAAUUGAAAAUGGAGCUGACUGUGACUGCACCCUCCAAGGGUAGAUUUGGCACCACUAUAUCCAGUCUCGCAGAUCUGAAUGGAGAUAGACUCCGAGACGUUGCUGUUGGAGCGCCCCUUGAGGAUGAAAACAGGGGAGCUGUGUACAUCUACCUGGGUGACAGACACAGAGGGAUACACAGCACUUUCAGCCAGAGAAUCACGGGACGGGAAUUCAGACCUGAGUUGAGAUUCUUUGGACAGGCCAUUGAUGGGGACAUCGACCUUGGAAAGGAUGGACUCCCAGAUAUUGUGGUUGGAUCACAUGGCAAGGCCGUUGUCUUAAGGUCCAGGCCCGUCUUUAAUGUCAUAGCUCAUCUGUCUUUUCAGCCUGAGGAGAUAAACACUGAGAAUAUUGACUGCGUGAGCGACACAAAUACGAAUUUACCGAUGGUUACAUUAACAGCCUGCUUUGAAAUGGAAGAGACAACAGAAAGCAAAGCGGACGCAAUGAGCCACAGCCUGAACAUUUCCUGCAUGCUUGAUGUGGAUCCGACGAGACAAACAUAUCGAGGUUUCUUCAGUGAAACUGACAGGAAAGCCAGGAAUCUUACCUCCACCUACAAGCUGACAGAUAGAAGGACCUGCUUCAACUAUUCCAUCUACAUGCCAAAAUGUGUGAAAGACACAUUAUCACCUAUCAGCAUCAAAUUAAACUUUUCACAAGUUGACAGUGAGAGAGCGAGUGCUGUCCUGAACGUGGACAGCAAAAGGCAGGCUGCUGUUGAGGUUCCCUUUCAAAAGGAAUGUGGAGCAAAUGACACCUGUAUUGCUGAGCUUGAGGUGGACUUCAACUUCACGACCCCAACAUUAUUUGUGGCAGAAGAUAACAACUUAAUCAUGUAUGUAAACCUGAUAAAUCAUGGCGAUGACUCGUACAACACCAGCCUCACAAUGCAUUAUCCUCCAGGACUCUCCUACUCUCUGAUGACUGUUGAACAGAAUUCGAGACCAACGCUCCACAAAUGUGACGAUCUAGAAGGAAUACUUGACAAAACUGUGUGUGGUGUCAACCUUCCUGUGUAUCGCAGCAGAUCAUCUGUGAUAUUUAAAGCUUCUUUCCGCAUCGCUGAUCCCACUCAGUAUGAGUGGAAUGACACAAUGUCGAUGACUGUUACUGGAAAAAGUGAAAAUUCAAACUCCACCAAAGCUUCCAUGACCAAAAGCCUCACAGUGCAAUAUGAAGUUAAAAUGGCAGUAACAGUGAAAGAAGAGACCAUCAGGUAUAUGAACUUUACAGUAGAGGAUACUAAACCUAAAGAACUGGUUACUAAAUUUCAGGUGGAUAAUCCUGGUUUGAAGGCUUUUCCUGUCAAUGUGUCCCUGUUGUUCCCAACUGAACUGGAACAUGACUUUGAAACGAUGAACUAUCAAGUCACUGUCCAGCAGAACAAGACUCAAUGCACACGCAUUAAUAACGCAAGUUCUGAAUACUGCUUGCCAGAAAAACACUGCAAAAUCAUAGAGUGUGACACUUUCAUCCUGGACAAAGAAUCAGCCACUGAGUUUACAUUGUCUGCAAACGUACAAUUUAGGAACCUCAAAGACUAUGCAGCGAAUAUUGCUUUUGUGAAACGAUAUACUGGAGACCAUGCAGAGGUUAGAUUUAAAAGCUUUGUAAAGGUUAGCUUUGACGACAAACAAUAUGUGCUGGGUUCUCUCAAACAAGAGAGUAAAAAUGGUGGUAAAACGAAGUCUAGUGUAACUGGCUUGAACAACAGGAACGAUCCGCGAGAAAAAUUGGCUGAGGUUCAGAUUGAGUUCAUACUUUUGCCGGAUAAACAACUGAUAAUUUUUACUGGAGUUGGAGUGGGAUUGUUGCUCCUGAUCAUAUUGACAAUCAUCUUAUUUAAGCUGGGGUGCUUCAAGAGGAAAAAGCUCCCAUAUGAUCAAUAUGAGGAGGAAGAAAUUGACUACCCCAAAGAGUUAGUCAGCCAAUCAGAGAUUGAUGGCAAAUCGAACCAACAUGAGUACGAAGGGCUUCUUGUUCAAGAUGAGGCAAAUGGCAACACCCCAACAGAUGAUACAAAGGAGAAACAGCUUCUUGUUCAUGUUGAGGCAAAUAACAGCACCCAACCAGAUGAUACCAUCUAAACCAGAUGAUGAUACAGACCAGGAAGACCUUCUUGUUCACUUUGAGCUUCAAGUUAGAAAGCAUACAGCAUGAGCAAAGGAUCAUUUUUAGUGAGCAACAUUGUUAAGGGAACAGUUAGUUAGGUAGGUGGUAACUUCAUUGUCCACAUUGCGGAAAAUUAUCUUUGGUUUCACCACAUAGCGCUAUGAUAUCGUAUGCAAUAGUUGUAGCAAAUGCCACAUUAAUAAAACAUCAAAGACCCUGGACAAGAGAUUGAAUGAACACUGGUAACAUCAGCUGUCUGUGAACACAAUCGCAGCAUGGACUGGGAAAAUAUCAAGGUCAUCGACCAGGAGUCAGUGGACGACUAAAGAAAAAUCAAAGUGGCCGUCACAUCAGACUCCAGGGAACUUUAAAGUUCAACUGAAAUCCCAUUUAAUCAUCCCUCUUUUCAGUCAAAACUGAUGUCAGUAUGUGUUUAAAUGUAUAGUUAAUAGCUUUGUAUUUUUAAGAGAAGAAAAAAGGUGUUUGGGAAAAUAUCAGAAA